GCGGGCGGCGCCGUGAGGGGAAGAUGCCGGUGGCGGUGAUGGCCGAGAGCUCCGGGAGCUUCAGGCGGCUCCUGGAGCAGUGCGAGACGCAGGAGCUGGAGGCCCCUGGAGGGAUUGCCACACCCCUGGUGUAUGGCCAGCUGCUGGCUCUGUACCUGCUGCACAAUGACAUGAAUAAUGCACGUUAUCUCUGGAAAAGAAUCCCUCCUGCUAUCAAAUCUGCAAAUGCUGAACUCGGUGCAGUUUGGUCAGUGGGACAAAGAAUCUGGCAGAGGGACUUCCCAGGGAUCUACACAGCAAUCAGUGCACAUCAGUGGUCUGAGACCAUCCAGCCAAUCAUGGAAGCACUCAGAGAUGCAACCAGGAGACGAGCCUUUGGACUGGUUUCCCAGGCUUACACAUCCAUAGUUGCAGAUGAUUUUGCAGCCUUUGUUGGCCUCCCUGUAGAAGAAGCUGUGAAAGGUGUGCUAGAUCAGGGCUGGCAAGCAGACUUUGCAACUCGCAUGGUGAUGCCUAAAAAGCCAGGUGUGCUGGAAGCUUCCUUUAACAGAUUUAUUCCUUCAUCAGAACCUGCUCCAGUCCCACCAAUUCCCAAUGAGCAGCAGUUGGCCAGAUUGACUGACUAUGUGGCUUUCCUGGAAAACUGAUCACCUUGCUCCUGUGUUCAGAACAACUUGGGAAUCCUGCAUACUGACAGUUUUAGAUCUAAGAUUUAUUUUAUUCUGUUUUAUUCUGUUAAAUGUUGCAGCGUCCCCCACUCAAAAGUGUGAAGUAUCCAGUGUAUGUCAGCCCCACUCCUGUUUUGCCAAAGCCCUGCUAGCAGUAAAACAAUCCUUUAACUCUUGCAAUAUUUAUUCAGUAGGUACACAGCACACACAGCAGUAUUACAUAGUCUUUUUUUGUUUAAUUGACUCAAAGCAGGACCGUUUUCAGGUGUGUUAGAAAUGGAGAAGAAACAGUUCUCUGGUGAGUACUGCAGUGCUUAUCACAGGUCUGUUGCAUGUUGAACUAGAGGACAGAGAGUGGAAGACUGCCCAGCCUGUAUGUACAGAGAAAAAAAUAUUUUGAUGAAAAUGAAAGAAAACAAUUUUGCAGUAACUCUCUUGCAAAUAUUUUUGUGGCAUACUUAAAAUUGAUUUUUUUUUUUCUUGUUCUUCCUAGAUUGUUAAAUCUACUUCUUGUUCUGAUGUGAGAAAUUUCACAUCAGGCAUAUUUUUACAGCAGAAUAUUUGUUUAACAAAGACAAAUCUACACUUUGAGGAAGUAUUUUGACUUUUGAAAGGUUUUAUUUGAGUGACUUAGGACACCAGAUGUUUUCCUGGGUAACCCUACACCUUGAGAUCUAUCAUGUCUUGCUCCCUUUCAGUACGCUGGGCCAGGAUCUGCAAGAAAUAACAAUUCUUACCUGUCUUUCAGCUUUCUGGGUUACUUUUGCAGUGACUGGAGAGGAGUUUCAAGGUUAGAGCAGGAGCAGAGUCCAGCUGGGAGGGGAUGAUGCACUGUGCUGCAGCGUCAGUUUGAAGAGCAAUUCUCUGUCAGAGCGAUGCUCUGUUAAUCUUGGAGCUGAGAGUGGGUUUUGGCAGCAAACACGAAUUCUCUUGCCGUUUGUGUUACGUUGGUGAAAAGGCUGUGGAGGAAGAGUGGAGCUUUAAAAGGCAGUGCAUGUCUCCAUUUACUUCCCCCUCCUUUCUGAAAUCCUAUCCAGAGGUUCCAUGGAAGCUGGCGAGUGUGCCCUUGUGUUGUGAUUGUUUUUCCAGUGUGCACUGCCUACUGUACAUUCUCUUGGUGAGGGGGUGUUAGCAGGGAGGAAUUACAAACUCUGCUCUUGCUGCCUUGAGAGCUCCCUUGAUAUGUAAACACUUUCUCAAAAUGAUUAUUUAUUUGAAACCCACCUAAGACUUGGAUUGCUAAAUUUUUCUUCAGUGAUAUUAAAGAACAUGUUUACACUGACCUUGUGCACUUAAGUUUUUAAAUUUUCUGCAGAAUAAAGGUCUGGAUUGGUGAGUUUUUAAAAUUAAUUCUUACUGGCCUAAUUUGGAGAGGGCUAGUUAAAGAUUACUGCAAUAUUUUAUGCCUCCAUAGCUUUGUGUGCAGCAAUUGUAUGGUGGUGUAUUAAAAAACACUGGCACCCCUCAGAUGUCUUAAAAUAUUCCUUGGUGUAAAGUGUUUGAACAGCUCAGUGAAAAUUUCCCUUCUGUGUAUGUAUUGUACCUGUCUGCACUUGUUGGUAGCACACAACCCUGCUUGAGGAAAUGAAAGUUAGACAUAAUUAAAGGAUUAUUAGGUACUCAGUGAAUGGUAGUAGGAGAGGAGCAAUGUGGACACUGGCAGUCUGUGUCUGUCUCAAAUCUAGUAUCAAAUUAUGUCAAAUACAGUAAGAUUGACCCUGU